UGACCCUGCUUUCUGUCCUUCCACAGAUCAAGAGUGAAAUUGAGCUGAGAAGGCAGCUGUUCCCACGAGGAAUCCAGACACUGUGGUGUGGGGCAUGGAUGACGAGGGACAGCAGAGUUUGGAGUGUAUCCAGGCGAACCAGAUCUUCCCCCGGAAACACCCAGUGUUAGAGGAGGAGAGUCUGCAAGUCCCUUUUCCUGAGCUGCAUGGAGAGUUCACAGAGUAUGUGGGGAGGGCAGAGGAUGCCAUCAUUGCAAUGUCUAACUACAGGCUGCACAUCAAGUUCAAGGAGUCUGUGGUCAAUCAUUAUUAUCAAACUUGCUCUUGUGAAGUGUCAGUCCCGUUGCAGCUGAUAGAGUGCGUGGAGUGUCGAGAUAUGUUCCAGCUUCAUGUGAUCUGCAAAGACUGUAAAGUUAUUAGAUGUCAGUUCUCCACCUUCGAGCAGUGCCAGGAGUGGCUGAAGAGGCUGAACGGUGGGAUCCGUCCGCCCUCGCACCUGGAGGAGCUGUUCUCCUUCGCAUUCCACGCCUGGUGCGUGGAGGUAUAUGCUGGGGAGAAGGAACAGCAUGGGGAGCUCUGCCGGCCAGGAGAGCACGUGUCCUCAAGGUUUAAGAAUGAAGUGGAGCGAAUGGGUUUUGAUUUGCAGAAUGCAUGGAGGAUAACGGAAAUAAACAACAAAUACAGGCUGUGUGCCAGCUAUCCCCAGCUGCUGCUUGUGCCAGCCUGGAUCACAGACAAGGAGCUGGAGAGCGUGGGUGGCUUCAGGUCCUGGAAGAGAUUCCCGGCCGUGGUGUACAGGCACCAAAGCACGGGGGCAGUAAUUGCCCGUUGCGGGCAGCCCGAGGUGAGCUGGUGGGGGUGGCGCAAUGCUGACGAUGAGCACCUGGUCCAAUCCAUCGCCAAGGCCUGUGCCAUCGACUGCAGCUCCAGCAAGCACCUCUCCAAUGGGAACUGUCUCCAGGACUACAGCAAUGGCACAGACAUCUCAGAUGGGGAGUUUGACGCCUCUAUGACGCACAGCACCGGAGUGGAGUCACUGGCCAUCCAACCACAGAAGCUCCUCAUCCUCGAUGCCAGGUCGUACGCUGCUGCCGUCGCCAACAGAGCGAAAGGGGGUGGCUGUGAGUGCCCAGAGUACUAUCCCAACUGCGAAGUAGUGUUUAUGGGGAUGGCUAACAUCCAUUCCAUCCGAAAGAGUUUCCAGUCCCUGCGAUUGCUCUGUACACAGAUGCCAGAUCCUGCAAACUGGCUGUCUGCUCUGGAGGGCACCAAGUGGCUGCAGCACCUGUCUGUGCUGCUCAAGGCGUCUCUGCUGGUAGUGAACGCGGUGGACCGGGACCUGCGGCCGGUGCUCGUGCACUGCUCUGAUGGCUGGGAUCGCACCCCCCAGAUUGUGGCCCUGUCUAAACUGCUGCUUGACCCCUUUUACAGAACCAUCGAGGGUUUUCAGGUGCUGGUGGAGACGGAGUGGCUGGAUUUCGGGCAUAAGUUUGCGGAUCGCUGUGGCCACGGGGAGAACUCCGACGACCUGAAUGAGCGCUGCCCUGUAUUCCUGCAGUGGCUGGACUGUGUGCACCAGCUCCACAGGCAGUUCCCCUGCUCUUUUGAGUUCAACGAGGCAUUCCUGGUAAAGCUGGUGCAGCACACCUACUCCUGUCUGUUUGGGACAUUCCUGUGUAACAAUGGCAAGGAGCGGGAGGACAAGCAUACGCAGGAGAGGAGCUGCUCCGUAUGGUCCCUGCUGCGCCCCGCCAACAGGGCCUUCCGAAACAUGCUGUACUCCUCCCACUCUGAAAUGGUGCUACACCCGGUGUGCCAUGUCCGCAACCUGAUGCUGUGGAGUGCGGUCUACCUGCCGAACCCCUCCCCCUCCACCCCCACUGACCAAUCGUGCGCACCGUACCCUGUCCCAGGCUCCACCUCUGAGGAUCAACCCCUGGGAAGCAGGCUCCCAAAGACCAGGUCCUUUGACAAUCUGCCCAGCGCCUGCGAGGCUGGCGGCUCGAUGGCUCCUAACCGGCGCUCCAGUGACCCGAGUCUGAAUGAAAAGUGGCAGGACCACUGCCGCUCACUAGAACUCAACAUCGCGGUGGGGCCUGAGGGAGGGGGCAGGCAGGAUCAGGGGGAGGGGCCUCCCGCAGGGGGUAGGGACAGCAAUCCCAGGGAAGUAGGACCCAGGGGAGGAGAGCAAGAAGAAGAGGAAGAGGAAGACGAGGAUGGGUCCCUACAGGGAAACACACCGUCUGUGUGGCAGAAAGCUAAAUCAGAAGCCAGUGGGCCUGCGACGGACAGCACUCUCGAGGCAGAGUUGUUAGUGGAGGUAGGAGUGGCCGAGGGGCAGAUGGAAACCAUCCUUCAUGAGGCGACAAAAGAGGAGAGUGGAGCAGAGGAUCCUAAGAAAGAGAUGAAGAGCGACUCUACUGACAAACCACAGCAAGAGGAUUUGCCAGCCCUGCCACCUCCCCCACCCUUGCUGCCUGCACUCCCUGCCCUGGAAAUCAAGGAGUCCGCUCGUGACCAUAACUCCGAAUCCCCAAGUUCAUAUGUUGCUCAAGAGCCGGCAGGACUCUCAAACUCUAUCAGCAGGGUUCCAAUCCUGCUUGAGUUGAGUGGUCAUUUGUUUAGGACUAUUGCCAAUGGCUACAGCCAGGCAGUAUCUCAGGAGUCGAAUGAGUCUGAGAGCCACAACCCCACACCCCAACGUAGCCCCCCUCCCUGUCUUGCUCCUGAGAGGCUGGAGGACAUAGCCUCACUAAUGGAGAGCUCCACAGAGACUCUGACAGAGGAAGGGGGGAGGCAAGAGGGGGUGCCGACAGCCUGCCUUUCCUCCAGGCUGUCUAACAGGGCUGACAGUCCACUGCUCUGCCCUGAAGGGGAAGGGAGCAGGGAGGCCCAGACAGAACCGGACACCCCAGUGACUUUAAAUGGUGGCCACAGAUUAUCCCAAAGUGCCUUGCUCCCCAACCCUGCUGGCGAAUUCCAGCAAGAGCCUAUCUGCAAUGGAGAGGUCUCAGAAGGGGAGCUCUGGGCCCCCCAGCUGCCACAGAUCAACGGUCACUACCCUAACGGGGAACGGGUCUCUCUCAGCCGGCAGAUGUCAGCCGCCAGCUGUGGCUCCCUGGCCCUUCAAGCUCGUGGCAGCGGCAGCUCCUUCUGUCAACACCAGUGCCCACACAGCUUCAUGGGACGACCUUCCCCCAGCCCAGAGCAGCCAGCCCGCAGUCACCUGGACGACGAUGGGCUGGCUGUCUACAAUGACAUCAUCCAGCAGCGGCUGCGGCAAAUCGAGGCUGGACACCAACUGGAGGUGGAGACUCUGAAGAAGCAGGUGCAGGAGCUCUGGAGCCGGCUGGAGAGCCAGCACUUCAACAACUCCCUGAGGAUUAAUGGGGACACGGGAGAUGAAGUGACCUCAACACCAGACUCAGAGAGCAACCUUGAUCAGAGCUGCUUGUCUCGCUGCAGCACUGAGCUGUUCUCUGAGGCCAGCUGGGAGCAAGUAGAUAAACAGGACACUGAGGUGACUCGGUGGUACCCUGACCACCUGGCUCCACAGUGCUAUGGGUGUGAGAGCAGGUUCUGGCUGGCCAGCAGGAAACAUCACUGCAGGGACAGGGAGCCUAUUGAGAAAGCCUGGAAUUGUGGAAACGUGUUUUGCUCCACCUGCUGCGACCAGAAGAUCCCAGUCCCCAGCCAGCAGUUGUUUGAGCCCAGCCGUGUGUGCAUGACUUGUUAUGGCAGCCUGCAACCCCACACCACCACCCUGGAGCUGGAACUGGAGAAACCCAUCACUGCCAGCUCCAACUAGAGACUGCACCCAGCCUUGGGGACCGGAGGCUGGGGUGAGGAAGGGAGCUUUCCUCCCCGCCCCCCACAAACACGC